AUGAUGGUGGCGACGAUUCGUCGACAACCUCUUCGCCACGGAGAUCAGUCGCUGCACUCCAAACGCGAUCUCCCCAGUCCCAGCAGAAGCGGGCCGUCACUGCUUUCCGCCGCUGACCACCAAAGCGUCCGGCCCUCUUCCUAUGAACUCAACAACAGCCGGCCGUCAGCGCCUUCCUCCGCUGAACACGAAACCGUGACGCCCUCUUACUAG